UUAUAAGGACACAACCCAUAUAAUUUCCAAACAUAAUGUCAGGAUUAGAUUUUGCAAUUCCCACAGUUGCAGUAACAUUUAUACAUAAUCCAUGGACAGAACACAGUGUUGACCAUGAGGUGCUUUAAUGAUCAGUAUUUGCCACACCUUUUGCCAUAAAGCCACUAUAAUACGGUAGAACUGGAAGUAAYARUCUGGUUUGUAGGUUGCAAAAUACUGCCACAUACUGAAGUCACACAACACCCCUGAGAUUUGAUCACUCUGUCAGCRGCGCCUCUGUUAUUGUUUGGAAACUCUGACAAGUGCAAUGUGCAAUCUGACAAGUCUGGACCUCCAGCGCCAAUGUGCCAACUCAUCAAACUUUCAUAUUGUGGAUAGCACUCUGCUGUCUGCUUCUUCUGUCCACCGAUURUUUUUUUAUUACUAUAUUGUGGUUCAGUAUUAAAAAUAUAGCUUUCUCAACAAGUUAAUGGGUUUUGUUCUUACGAAUCUUUGUCUCGUACAUUUUGCGUCAYUAAGAUGAGAUUUAUGUUUUAAAAUAAUGACUAUUUAAACUGGGGCUGAUAUUCCUUCCAGGACUUGUACGUUUUCAGUAAAUUUCAUUUAGGUUUUAUUAUGUUAAUUUGUGUGCUGUCCUCAUAGCAUCCUUCAGAAAAAAAAAACAACUAAAUAUUUUGAUGUUUGCCUGCCUGAUGUAUUUUGUCAGUAUUUAUUACCAUUAGAUUUAUUUAGGAUUAUGAUAUUUUCUUAAUGCCUGAAGAAAAUCUUCUGAUAUGUGUUAAGUAAUUGAAACACAUUAAAAGGGAAUGUCAAAUUGUUCUUUUUGCUCUCUAGKUUGUGUUAUUUACAUAAAACACCAAAUAUAUAAACAGGAGAAAAUAAAGACAUUAUGAAAGAUGUUAUUUUUAUAGCACAUGGUGAGCAUUUUUAAAAGUUCCACUUUGUCUGAAAUGAUUGCAAGAAUGUUACCAUUACAACAGUAUCCACGGCAACAUCACAUCUGAUGUUUCUUUUUUCACCUAAGUCUGAUUUGAUUGUCAUUUUAAUUAUUACAAAGGACUGCUAUGGUGCMAGAUUUGCUGACUAAUCAUAUUUUUAAAAUCACUUGUGAGCAACAAAUUUGCCCGUCUGGAAGAACUUUUUUUCUGCUUUUUAUKAACYCCAAGAAGACGAAUUUCAAGGAUAUCGGUUGAUAUUGUGAAGAGAAAUUAAAGGCGUUGUCAUGACGAUACUGCUUAAUCACWGUCAAAAUCUUUAGCACAAUUUUGCAAUUUAAUUUCUGCUUGUAUGUCAYUGAAUGAUUAUGUUUUUCAUAAUCAYACAGUAGUGAAGACAGAAAACAUAAGUUGCUUAAAUAAAAUUUUCUUAAAUUUUACAAACCACUGAUCUGUUUUUGGUGAAUUCAAGCUAAUUUCAGGUUACAAUUGAGGACAAAUCUUAGCAAGGAACUGUUUGAGUGACUCGUSUUCUGCCUCCUCGUCGUGUCGGCGGCUGGUUCCGCUCCACUGCAGGUCGUCCCUCAGGUGAGUGGAUUCAUAUGUCAUAGAGCGCUCUCCUCUCCUCUCAGGUCUCAGUUUAAUAUUUUAUCCAGUCAAAUGGGUGCCACCUCCUCCCUUUUCUCYUCUCCACACAUGCUCGCUCUCUCUUUCCAUGAAAACAGGCGAUGACAGGCCAGUUAAGAAGCUCACCGCUGAAUGACUAAAGAAGGGACAGAAAAAAGUSCUGCCAGCUUUUAGCCAGCAGAGGAAAGAGGUGGAACUCCAGUGACUUUCUCUGUAGACAUCUAGAAAGGGCUUUCAGAUACUUUUUUUUUAGAUACUUGAAUGGGAGUGCAGACUUUUUACAGCUGACAGUAUUUUUGGUGUUUUUCUGUUCUUCCAUACCUAAAGAAUCGGUCACUAUGUCGGGAGUCAGCAGUGAUCAAUUGCACAAAUCAACUUUGAGUGUCUAUUUGAACCUGAUGGAGCAUUUCAACCCUGGUCUUCAGACGCUUGUUGCUCUUGGAAACAGCUAUGUUAAAGCUUUUCAAGCCUUGGCCGGUUGCAGUGAGGCCUACUUCAGCGCUCUGGCUAAGAUGGGGGACCAGGCACUGCACACGCUUUCCUCUCAUUCUCUUGGCGACGUCCUGGUCCAGAUAUCAGAAACACAGCGAAGGCUCACUGCAGAGAUGGAAGGGUUGUUUCAGUGGUUCCAGAUAGAGGUGCUGCAAGCCAUGGAGAAGAAUGUCAAACUGGACGAGGAGUACAUGGAGGGCAGCCGCAGAGUCUAUGAGAUGGAGGUGAGAAACCAGGCMGAAGCUCUGGAAAAACAGCUUAGAAGAGGAACCUUCAGAGACUCUCUGGAGAACAGUGAAUACAUGGUUUACCUGAGGCAGAGCCACCAGGAGAUCCUGAAGGAGGAGGAACGAAGGUAUCGCUUUCUGGCAGAGAAGCACUGUGGCCUCACUCAGUCCCUGCUGUUUCUCAUAAACAAGACCGGCGGAUCCCUCCAGCAAAAGGCAGAUGGAUGGAAAGAGAAAGUGAACGAGACCAAGGGGUCCAGAUCACGCACUCCAACUCAAGUAGAUCAAGAGGCGCAGCUGCGAGGCUCGGUCAGCUCUCUGCUGCAGACAGUGGCCCGGGAUGAGGAUAUGUCCUGGGCCAGGCGGGAGCAGUUGGCACUGGGUAGAGUGCCAUCUAGAGCACCGUCUCCCCUUCCCAGUCGCUCUCGCUCCAGUUCAGUGGGGGAGUCUCUGGGUUUGGGAGGAGGAAGGCCCAUGAGAGCSCUGGUGUCUCACCCCUCCUCAUCCAACCCGAAGCUUUUGCCUUUUAACAGAGGAGAAACUGUCAUCGUGCUGGUCCAGGAGCCCCGAAACGGCUGGCUGUACGGACGCGCAGACAGCAGCCUGCGUCAGGGCUGGUUUCCUGCUGCUUAUGUGGCUCCAGCUGAAGAUUUCUCCAACACGUUAUCAACCAGCGUUUCUCUCAGGAGCCACAGCAUGAACAAUCUUCUGGACACCGACGCUCACACCGAACAGCCAGAGGUCAAGGGUUACAACGACAUCCCGCCCCCAGCGACACCCAGCCGCAGGGCGUCGAUGGACGUCCGGCCGGUUUCCCCGGCGCCUGACAGGCGGACAGAACCGGCGAUGGAGACGAAACCUCCACCUCCGCCUCCGCAGCAGAGUUUGAACCUCAGAAGAAGCUCUGUGGACGUUCGAUCCGUCUCCCCCGUCCMAGACAGGAAGGGGGACGUGGCAGCUGAUGUUCAGACAUUGUCUCCACAUGGGCAGCCUGAUAACCCUUUGUUUCCAAGGGGCACAAACCCGUUCGCCACCGUGAAGCUUCGUCCAACGACGACCAACGACAGAUCCGCUCCUCGGAUCCACUGACCGGCUGUCACUAGCGCGAGCGGAGGUCUGUUUCUCAAACUCUGACGUCGGGUCAUGAAGGCAGCGAUGUGAAAGCCCUGAACUCUGAUGGACAGAGAAAUGCUUUGCACGGUGUGGAAAAUGCAAAGYGAUGCCGCGUUAUCUGAAUUAUUUAAACCACAAUCCAGAGAAGCUGCUCUGGCAGGUCUCUGUGUAGUAAUUAAGAGUUUAUGUUGUUUUGUUUUUGUCUCCUGUAGUACAGAUGUAAGGGGAACAUUUAGACUUACUGUUGUCUAAAAGUACAGUUUUUUUCUCAUUAAAUGGGAGAAUAUUGCUUGCUGUUUUUUUAUUCCUUCUGCCUCACAGUCAGUCAACAUACUGCAUCUAAAAUUUGUAUUAGUUUGUUAAAUCACGUACAACCAAAACAAAAUAAACUGAAUUCCCCGUCUUCAAAAGUUU